CCAAUCAUCGAUCGAGAAUUUCGAUCCGUAUGGUAAUAGAUCCUUUCACAAUUCCGAUAUAAAUACAAACCGAACAACGCUACACAACCAUCAAUCUUCGUUAUUUAACAAGAUGCCAGCUAAAGUUGCAGGAAAGAAGGGCGAGAAGAAAGCCGGAAAGGCGAAGGCUAUUGCUGAUGGAAAGAAAAAGAGGAGAGGCAAGAGAAGAGAAAGCUAUGCCAUCUACAUCUACAAAGUGUUGAAGCAAGUUCACCCUGACACUGGUAUCUCCAGUAAAGCCAUGGGCAUCAUGAACUCGUUCGUUAACGACAUCUUCGAGCGCAUCGCCACCGAAGCAUCCCGUCUCGCUCACUACAACAAGAAAUCAACCAUCAGCUCUCGCGAGAUCCAGACCGCCAUUAGGCUGCUUCUGCCCGGCGAACUGGCUAAACACGCCGUCAGUGAAGGAACCAAGGCUGUGACCAAGUACACCAGCAGCAAGUAAACUCACUCUGUGGGUUUCCCGCCUAAAACAAACGGCUCCUUUAGGAGCCACCAAAUGUCAUGAAAGUCGAUGCAAUAUGAGCCUGAAUGAAAAUUUACCCUUAAAUUUCAUUUCUGUCGAUUGCGAUGUUCCCGUAACCUAGAAAAAAGAGUUUUAUGUAUGUUCUGUUUAAAACUGACCGUCUUAUUGAGACGAAAAAGAAUGUGAUAAAUGAUGCACAUACAAUAAUGGGUCAUGUAUAAGCCACGAAGACUAUUAUUCGUAUCAUUAACUUCCUUUUUCCAAAUUUCUCACUGGAUUUUACACUCUCUGAAGGGCCAGGUUUUUUUUUGUAUGUAAACGAUACCCUCUUCGCACAUAAAUACCCGACAACUGACCUAAAACGACAUGAAGUUAGACGAGCAACGUAUAUUUGUUAUCAGUGGCGGAUCUAGGGGAGGGGCUCGAAGGGCCCGGGUCCCCCCUUAUUUUGGGUAAAAAAAAAAAAAAAAGAAAAGCCGGCCAUACAAUUUUUAUAAUGUUGGUUUUGAGAAUUUAGUAUUGGAUCAACUAAUUAUCCCCAAAUUGAUAUUUCUCUUUACUCUUAUCACUUGUCUGCUUGAUAUUGUACUGAUAUUGUACGGAGAAAUUCUCUUUUGGUCACUCAUGGGAGUUAAAGGGUUAAGACUAAUUACAGUUGGAAGAGCUUUAAAAUAAGAUGCUAUUCAGUAGUUCGUGGAGUUAAUUUUCUUGGGACCUUCGAACGAAAUUGUCUAAGAAGCAUUGUGAUUUUCCUCGCACGCUUAAGAUCUAGUGGAAAACAUUGAUGGAGUAGGAAACACAGGUGGAAAUAAAUAUAAAUUCCCCAUAUUGAUAAAUUUCUUUAUUCUCAUCAAUUGUGUACUUGACAGUGUAUUGGUAUUCUAAGCGCAAUUUUUGUCUCAGCAACUCAAGGGAGUUAAACCGUUAAGUUUUCACUGAACACUUAUUGGGACUGGUAUAAGAAACACUGCAUAUCUUUGACAGUCUGUUCAUGAUCUCUCAUUUUCAUCUGUUUUCUGCUGUUUCUGAUUGUUUUACUCUCAGAUUUUCUUUCCCGUUUCCUAUUUAGGUCUUGCAUUUUCAGCCAAAGGUGUUAGUC